AAUGUCAAAAAUCUGGAUGUGAUUCAAGACAUUGACAGCUAGUUGCUAGAUGAUAAUUAUAACUUUAUGUUUUUCUAAAUACCCUGUUCUUACCGCAACUUUUAAUAAAAUUAAUAAUAAAUAAUGCAAUAUUGUCUGAUAAAAAUAAUGUGAUGAUUGAAAUUUAAAUUAAGUUUAGUAGGAAUGCUUGACAAAAUCAUUAUCCCCUUUAUCUUCGUGCGAUAAGGCUAUAAGGCUCUAGCAACACUUGAAACGCUCCGGAAGACUAUGAAUCUGUUUUUUCCUAUCAAUAUGUUGUUAAGGGUAUACUCCUUCUUUGUCCUGCUAGCUGAUAUAGUGUGGGUGUUUGUGAACGGCAUCUAUUGUAUAUUCCAAGCUGUUUAUGAAGUUUUUAAACCACCACCACUUAAAUCUGUUAGCAAGGAAACAGCCCUGAUCAUAGGGGCUGGUAGAGGAGUUGGACGUGAUUUAGCCAUACAACUAGCGUACCUAGGAGCAACAGUAUUAUGUGUUGAUAAGAAUGAAAAUGCCAACAACAAGACUGUAGCCUACAUCAAACGUAAAGGCUGUUUGGCCUUUAGUUACAACUAUGACAUUACAAAGAAAAAUAAUGUGACUAACCUUGCUAAACAGCUGAAGGAGGAGAUUGGUUUUAUCAGCAUGAUAUUCUACUGCUGUGGUAUACCAAGCCCUCGCUCACUGGUGGACCAACCUCCACAGGAUAUACAUGAAACUUUGGAUCUGACUUUGACCUCUUAUUUCUGGCUUAUAGAUCACUUUGUGCCAGAAAUGAAGAAGAGAAACCAUGGACAUAUUGUUGCAUUGACCUCUGUUGCUGGACUGAGCUACCUAAAGGACCAAAUGCCACUGAGUGUAGCACAGUUCGCAGUGCAGGGUCUGGCAGAGUCCCUAAUGGAAGAUCUGAGGGUUAACAAGAUUGAUGGAGUCCAUGUGACACUGAUGCACAUCUACCCAUUCAUUGUGUCUGACAGCUCAGAACUGACAUUCAAAAUUUCCAGUUACUUCGGCACAAUAACGCCUGAAAAGGCCGCAACGAGUAUACUGGAUAGUGUGAGACGAAAUUAUCCAGAAGCUUCUAUACCUAAAUAUCUGCUCUUCCUAGGACAUAUACUACGUAUUCUGCCUAGAAGAGCAACAGUAUUGAUAAGAGAUCUAUUAGACACAGGAGUCGACUUUGCCUAACCAACAUCAGUAAAAAAAAAUAACAUUCCAAAGCAUGAUAGGUAUUUAAAUUAUGCAUUUAUAGGAUAAAAAAAAUAUGUUCAACCUACAAUAAAUAUUAUUAUUAUUUGUAGUGUUAACACAAUCUUGCUCUCUUUUUACUAGUUCAAACUGCAUAAAAAAAAUAAAAAAAACUUUGUUUUUCUAAUAUUGAGUACCAAAGACCAUGAGAUUAUAAAUAUAAACUUAUUUGUUUUUAUAACUUUAUAAUUAUGUGAUUUGUAAAGAUGUGAGAUCUGUCAAAGGUGCAAUAACUAUUAAAUGGACUUAAAUUUAUACUCAGAGAGGCUGUUAAGAUUGUGAUAAAAUUGCUACGUAAACUGGAUCUUACGAUUAUUUAAAAGUUUUCCAUAUUAAAAUAAGUUACUGUAUUAUCUCCGCCGAGACGAGCCUUAUCUUUCUAGAAGUACAAAGUUAUUUGUCUUAAGUAUAUUGUAUAGGUUACAUUUUAUAAGCUAUAUUUUAUAAGAUUUUACGAUUGUGCAGAGAUAAGACAAGAUAUAAUGCUAUAUAUUUUUACAUUGUAAUGACAAAGAUACUCCAAAUGUUACUUAAACACAAGAUAACAGUUCUUAUGGAAUGAGAUGACAAUACUUAAAAUUAAGUAACUAUGUAAUACAUAAGCCUUCAUACCAAUAAAAAUAUACAACGAUUAAACCUGUAUAAGAUGGCCUGCUUGUCUUUGUCUGGCGUCUUAAAAAUAUCAUGUAGACAAAAGGAUACUUAGAUAAAAAAAUUAAAUACAUAUAACAUAACAUAUAAGUUGAAUAGGAAUAGGUCUUUUAUUUGGAUCCUUCCUAUUAUUUAUCUAUGAUCUUGUAUUACAUGAUAUAAUAUUUAUUUGCUGUGUUAAUAUUU